AUGGAUAGAACGAAAGCGAGGAAGCCGAAUUGGACGGACAUCGAAAUGGAUGUACUAAUGGAGGCAUAUUGUAACUCCAUAAGGAUUAUUCGAGGUAAAUUUUCUCCAUCUAUUACCUCUGAUGCUAAGAAAAGAGCAUGGGAAGAGAUAACAGAGAGAGUGAAUGCUGUAGCAGUAUCAUGCAACAGAACAUUGGAUGAAACCAAAAAGAAAAUACAGGAUAGUCUGUCCAGUGUGAAAAAGAAGGAGGCUUUCCGAAAGAGAGAAGCAUCAAGAACAGGUGGAGGACCCUGUUCAGAAGUGAUUUUUAAGCCAUGGGAGGUGACUCUUCUUGGAACAAUUCCACAAGAGAUUAUACAUGGCUUGGAAGGGGCAGCAGAUACUAGAUCAGAUGCAGAUCAAUGUCAACCAAAGGAGACAAACUUUGAUUUGAAUUGUCCCGGAGCAACAGGGGAUUGCAGUGCGACAUCUAAGAAUGUUUCAGGUCAUUGGACUGUAUAA